AUGGCUGCGUUACCAGGAGGUGCGGCAGUUCCUCAAACGCCGCAGCUCCCGGCCAACCCCACGCGGUCCAUGGUACCCGUGGCCAGCACCGCGAGUCCACUUGGGGCGGCUCAGAGGAACUUCUCUCGAUCCCUAACAGCUUUACCGCCCGAACCAUUCAUGAUCAUGAGAUCAAAGGCUCUCAACAAACGAGUCGUCAUCAACGUUGGCGGAUUAAAACACGAAGUUCUGUGGCGAACCCUGGAACGCCUCCCGCAUACGCGACUGGGUCGACUGCGCGAGUGUAAUACGCACGAGGCCAUUAUGGAACUCUGCGACGACUACUCGCUAGUUGACAACGAAUACUUCUUCGAUCGACACCCAAAGUCCUUCGGGGCGGUUCUGAAUUUUUUUCGGACGGGCAAAUUACACCUCGUCGAAGAAAUGUGCGUUAUCGCGUUUGCGGACGAUUUGGAGUAUUGGGGCAUCGAUGAGUUGUACUUGGAGAGCUGCUGUCAACACAAGUACCACCAAAGGAAGGAGCACGUGCACGAGGAGAUGCGAAAGGAGGCGGAAAGCCUCCGACAAAGGGACGAAGAGUACUUCGGCGAGGGGAGGAGAGCUCAAUUUCAAAAAUACAUCUGGGAUCUGUUGGAAAAGCCACAAUCAUCUAUGGCGGCUAGAGUGGUAGCUAUCUUCUCGAUCCUCUUCAUCAUACUUUCGACGAUAGGACUCACCCUGAACACAGUGCCUGCUCUGCAAAAGAAAAACGAGCGAGGCGAUAGCAUGGGAGAGAACGAUACGCUGGCUUAUAUCGAAGUUGUGUGCAUCACAUGGUUCACACUCGAAUACAUUCUCCGCUUUCUGUCGUCACCGAACAAAUGGAAGUUCUUCAAAGGCAUGCUCAAUAUCAUCGACCUGUUGGCCAUCUUGCCGUAUUUCAUAUCGCUGAUCAUGGACAGGACCGAGGAGCAGGACGCGUCGAAACCACACGACCCCCAUGCAGCCAAAGUAGAUCACUUCCAGGACGUUCGUCGUGUCGUACAGGUGUUUCGUAUUAUGCGAAUACUCCGAAUCCUGAAAUUAGCCCGACAUUCGACCGGACUUCAGUCAUUAGGCUUCACCCUCCGCAAUAGCUACAAGGAGUUGGGUCUGCUCAUGCUGUUUUUGGCCAUCGGCGUGAUGAUUUUUUCAUCACUGGCCUAUUUCGCCGAAAAAGACGAAGACGGUACCAAGUUUGGCAGCAUACCGGAAGCGUUUUGGUGGGCUGUGAUCACAAUGACGACCGUUGGUUUCGGAGAUAUCGUCCCGACGACGUUGUUGGGCAAAAUUGUAGGGAGCGUGUGUUCCAUUUGCGGGGUGCUCGUUAUUGCCCUGCCCAUUCCCAUUAUCGUUAACAACUUCGCCGAGUUCUACAAGAAUCAGAUGCGCCGUGAAAAAGCGCUGAAACGAAAAGAAGCGCUCGAGCGCGCCAGGCGAGAAGGAAGUAUCGUCUCUUUUCACCACGUCAAUCUCCGAGACGCCUUCGCCAAGAGCAUGGACCUUGUCGAUGUGCUUGUUGAUUCAGGGCACACCAUCAAUCAGGCGGACGCAGCGUCAAUCGACGCCGACUCGAAUGGUCGUGGAGGCACAACCGAUGCUGGGUGCUACCGAAACUUUGAGCAUUUCUCGCUUUCUCGCGACAGACGGCUGCUCUCGGAGAGCGUUCCCCCGCGGACCGAAAAUGGCGAAGAUCCGACUAUCGAGUUCAUAGACGUUAAUCAACAGCCGACAGAUAAUAAGGAUGGCGAGGCUCCCUCGUCGAUACGCUGGGAUCGAGGCAGCGUCGAAAGCGGUUCCAGCUACCGCACCGCCGUUCUUCCUCCUUUGGGACAAGAGGAAGAUACGUCGACGCCGCCUUCGCAGCGGCGAAGACUUUCAACAGACAACAGCAGCUAUCCAUACGAGACGACGACGACGACACCCUCAUCGCCUUCAGUCUGCAAUCCGCCAAAGUUUCUGAAAGUUGUGAAUAUAUUCUCUGCUCACCAACAUAAAUCACCGAAGACGACUCGAGGAGAAUAUCUCAAUUUGACUCAGCCGAGUCCGCAGAACCAAUCACGAGUGAAAAAAUCGAUUCUCAAGAACAGACCGUCGUCGGCGACUGAACGGACGAAUUCGACAGCAAUUCCGAUCCAUGUUCGAGAGAGUGGAGACACAACCACAGAAGACGAGUCUGAUUGCGAAGAACGUCGGAGGCUGAUAUGUGACAAUAGCCUAUCUGAGCAGUCCGACAAAACGAACACCGAUUCCGCAGAGGCUCCAAUGUCUGCGGAAGUGGCGAAAGCUCCGAACGCUCUCAAACCGUCCAUGCAACAGGCUCCCGCUCAAAAACAAGCCAUGCAGCCCCCCGAUCACCGGGCAUCACCGCCCCCACUGGACGUGAUGUGUUCUCCAGUGGAAUGUUCAGCGCCCGUCGCUCAGCCUAUUUCAAUCGCCAUUCGAGCAGAUGAGGCCCAGAAGAAAAAUUUCCGAGUUUGCGCAAAUCCCCUGUGCGUGCAUCAUGGAGAGAUGAUAUCUCAAGAUGAUCGCUGCGUUUGCCAGUCAGAAUUAUACGCGACCGCUUCGUAUGCGGACAGUCCCGGCGUGGAGUCCGCGGAUACGAUUUUCGCCGAUGCGCUGGAUAGUCUUUCCGCGCCGUGUACCCCAGCCAAGCAUAACCAAAUAACCCUCCGUACUCCUUCGAAUUGA